CGUUGCUUCAGCGCGCCUGCGGGUUUUCGCGCCGCACCGCCCUGUCCAGUUGGCAUCACGGCCUGGCCGCUUCCGACUCCACCCCCUGCCCGAGCCUCCCUCGCUCGCCUGCCCGCCGGCUUGCUUGUGAGCGCGCCUGGCGGACCAGCUGGCCGUCCAUGACUGGUGUCGCGAGUCCUCACAAGUCCUGCCUACCUACCUUGCCUCGACGCGGCUCACCUGUCCCGGAACCGCACCGUCUCGCACCGGCCCUGACGCUGCCGUUCCGCACGGUACGUCGCUGUCUCUGUCUUUUGCUCGUCUUCGCAUGUACCUACCUCCGUCCUGCCUUGCCUAGGUGCUUGGCUUGCCCUCUGCCUAUUGUCUACUCUGUCUGCCCGUCUCGCCGCUCCACCACCCCAGCCCCAGCCUGCUCGCCCGCCCACCUGCCCUACCUGUCCGAGGUGCCUGUCGCCCCUGUGUGAGGUGCCUGUGCACUCAGUGGUGCACUACAGCCGCCGGGCCCAGUGGCUCGCCCACCGUCCGGCCCCCCCGUUCUGGGUUCUGGGUCGACCCCCCCAGCCGCGUACUGCUGCUCCCAGCGACACCGCGCGCGCUGGCGGCAGUGGCCCCUCCCUCGCCGACGUUGCCUCCACCCCCGCCCCCCCCCCCCCCUUGUGCUGCUGGGCCCAGCACCUUUCGUCCCGGCCCAGGCCUGCGCCGGCUCCCUCGUCGCCCGCCUGGUCGCCCGUUUUCCCACCCAGACCACCCAGCACACACCCAAACGCACACACUCCUCCACCAACCCGCGACGCGACUCGGCUCUCUCUCUUGUCGUUCUGUCCAUCCAUCACCACCACUUCGCGCCGUGUCACGGCCCCAUCAUCCUUCCAUCCCUGCGCCCUUCAAUGGGACGUCGGCUCUUUGACUGCCGCUUGCUGACCCUCCGUCGCGCACAGCCUGCUGGCUCGUCGCCAUGAGCGCCUGGAUGAACGACGCCGCCCCCAACCACAAUGGCAACAACGGCUUCCCGCACGUCAACGACCCAAACGCCGCGGGUGCCAUGAUGGAUCCGUCCGCCUUCAUGGCCAACCAGGCCCAAUUCAACCCUAACCAAUUCGCGAACCAGCAGCAGAUGGCGGCGAUGCAAAACGGUCCGAUGCGCCACGCCUCCCCGACCGGCGCCUACCCGGGCCAAGCUCAGCAGCCGCAGGGCCAGCCGAACCCGAAUCACGUUUAUCAAUCAAACUCGGUCAUUCCAUCCAAGCGACCCCGACCGCGCGAAGACAGCAUCACGGGCUCUCCCCGGCAGAACCCUGGGAUGCAGCCGCCGUCGCGUUCCGAAACGCCUCAGCAGCAGACCUUUCCUGGCUUCCAGGCCGGCGUCUCCAUGGCGCCGCAGCAGACUGCGGGACAGUUUCCUCACCUCCAACCCAACGGCUCCGCGAACGCGAGCCCUUCGCCCAUCAUGGGAAACCAAAUGCGACCGGGCAAUGUGCCCCAGCGCGUAGCGACCGCGUCUCCCCACCCGUUCUCGCCCGGCGCCCAGCAGUUUCCCGGCGGCGGUGGCGGCGGCGGCGGCUCUCAGGCGUCGCCCAUACCCUCGGAGCAUGGCACUCCGCAGCCGAACGCGUACAUGCAGAACAUGCCGCCGGGUUACAAUCCUGCCUUUGCGCCGUCGCCGUCGAACGCGCGUCCGUCGCCCAACCCCAACGUGAUGCCCGCCGAAAUGAUGGUGCAGAUGGGCCAGCAGGUUGGCCCGCACAUGGCCCAGCAGAUGGGUCGGCCGAUGCCCCAGAUGCCCCAGCAUAUGGGCCAAAUGACCCCCCAGAUGUAUCAGCAGAUGCAGCAGCAGAUGCAGCAUCAGCAACAUCAGCAACACCCGCAACACCCGCAACAUCAGCAACAACAACAACAACAACAGCAGCAGCAGCAGCAGCAGCAGCAGCAGCACCCUCAACACGGCCAGCAACCACAGCAGGGCCAGGUGCCACCGCAACAUCGGCCGCCAAACAUGUCGGAGCAGCAGAAGAUGGCCGCGUAUCAAAUGCGCCUUCAGCAGCAGCUCCAGGGCAAUAUGCAGAUGCAGGCGCAGAUGCAGGCACAAAACAUGGGUCGAGGAAUGAUGCCGAAGCAGCAGCAGCAACAGCAGCAGCCGAUGCAGGGCGUGCCUAAUGGCCAGGCGCCUCAGGGCGGCAUGCGACAGCAGCCUCGGCCCAUGGCCAACAUCAACCCCGAGCACUUCAUGAAGAACCUGACCACGUUGAUGAGUGCCAAGGGCCUGCCGCUCGACACGAACCCGAUUGUCGCUGAUCGGCCCGUCAACCUCGUCAUGCUGUUCCAGGUCGUCCAGUCCAAGGGCGGCUUCAAGAACGUGACGGCGGCGAACGGCUGGGUUCAUAUCGCACAUGCGAUCGGGCUGCCGGCGCAGAUCCCGACCGUUGCCCCGACGUUGAAACAGGUCUACGAGAGGAAUCUGUCAAAGUUUGAGGAAGUGUGGGUGGCACAGCAGAAGCAGCGGAUGAUGCAGCAGCAAAACGUCGGCAUGGCGAAACCAGGCACGCCGCAGAAGCAGCAGAUGCAACCCGGCCAGCAGCAGAUGAGCCCCGGUCCGAUGCAGCCCGGUCAACAACCGCCUCCAGCACAGGCACAGACGCCAGUCAAGCCGGGACAGCCUCCCGUCAAUGGUUUCUCCACGCCUCAGGCGCAGCAGCAGCAGCCGCCACCGAAUGCUCCCGGCCACAACCGGAAUAGCCUGUCGCACGCCUCUGCCCAAAACGACUUCGCGAUGCAGUCCCCUGCUCACCAGCGGCCGGGCAGCAUGUCCAUGGGCCCGGGCGACGCGCGACAUCCUGUUCCCAUGACGGCAACGGCCGCCGAUCCGACCAUGCCGCGACUACCGCCCAAGUCUGACGAGUACAGCCCCUGCGCGCGGGAGCUAUCAACAUACGGCGGUGUCGACCUGCAUGCCGCGAGCUCGCUCGGGGCUGAACUGGAGAGGUGGGAGCCCUCGGUGCCCUCGGUCAACGACCUCGGCAACAUCGACAUCCACGCCCUGACCAGGAGCCUCCAGAGCGGCAUACACGGCGAAGUGCGCUUGGCUCUCGACACGCUCGCCACGGUGUCGGCGUCGCCAGGACAGAUGCACUUCAUGCAGCUGCGGUACUGCGAGGACCUAGUCGAUGCCCUGGUUGACUGCGCGGAAGAGCAGCUGGACCUGCUGGCUGAGCACACGGUCGAGGUCUGCGACGAGAUCCUGCUCACCCCGUACGAGGAAGUGGUCAGAGCUUGCAGGGUGGAGCGGUGGGCAGUCAGAGACGUCCCGGUGUUUGGUUCGACCGACUACCAGUUGGACCGCGCCGUGGACAGGCUCAUCUGCAUCACCACCAUCCUGCGCAACGUCUCCUUCCCGGGCGAACAAAACGACAACCACAACUUCCUCGCGGACGAAUCGGUCAUCAAGAUGCUCUGCGUCGUCAUUCGGUAUCUCGGCACCCGCACCAUGCUGCUUCGCACGCACAGCAACACCCUGGACUUUAUGAAGGACGUAGUCGUCUUGCUCUCCAACAUUGGCGGCUCGACAGAGAUACCCGGGCGGGAACAGGCGCUCUGCCUGCUCCAGUUCCUGCUCUCGUUUGCACCGUCGCCCGGCCCUACCACGACCAGCAAGGGCCUCCACUUCCCGGCUUACGAACCGAGCCUCCACUCCUACGCCCCUCACGCCGUCGAUGCGCUCGCGAAGCUGCUGGCGCGCGAUGAGCCGAACCGGGGCUACUACAAGCAGCUCUUCUCGACAGACGCCAACAAUGCCGGGGCGUACGAGCUGCUGACCCGAACGUUUGCCCUGGCCAUCUCGCCGUUGCCCGACAAGACCAAGGAGCACACCCGGAACCCCGUCCUUCCCUCGCUCAUCGAGACCCGCAAGCCGUUCCUGAUGCAGGGGUUGCUGUCCGCAGAGAUCCUGGCCUCCUUGGCGCCCGGCUCCGAGGCUGGCGUCGCGCGGAGCUGGCUCAUGUCGGAGAAUCAGCUGGCUCAGAACAUCUACCGGCUGGUGCAGGACCUCGGCAUGCUGUACGAAAAGCCGCCGCCGCCGCCGCCACCAGCCGCAAGGGGUGCGAGCCGCGCUGCGCCUCCCAGAAAAGACCCCGAGCUCGUGUACAUCGUCGUCGUCGCGGUCGCCCUGCUCAGAAGACUAGUGGAGAAGGCGCGGGACCCUCAGAACCGCUCGUCGCCUGUCCCGAGCGACCUGUUGCCGGAGUCGCAGUUGCUCAUGAACGCCUUGACGAUGCAGGCUCCGGAGUGGACCAAGGAGGGCAUGCUCCCGCAGCUGACGGCCAUCUACAACAUGUAACAUCAAGGGGGGGCUCGGCGGGGAAAAAUGAUUAGGCGUCUAUUGAUAGUUUCCUGGAGCGGUAUAUUGUCUUGGAUACGGCGAUCGAGGCGACUGCGAAAGCGCGGAGUGGGUGCCACCGGGCGCAUCCGGCUGUUUCCAACUUGGGUUUUGGCACAUCAGACGACGGCGCACAGUUAGAGUUGCAUGGAAAUUCCAGCUCGUUUGUAUUGGAGAUGGGACACGGUGGGGGGUCCCCGUGGCGCACUCAAGCAGGUGUAAAUAGGUGCAGGAAUGUGAGAUAUACUGAUACCACGAGUAAUGGUGAGAGCUCCUGCUUCACGUCCCUCUCCUUGCACAAUGCCCGCUUGAUUGUUGUCGUCAACAUGAUUCACGCUGUACUAUACACGCAUGCCUCGCAGGCACUGCAAAUUGUACAAUGGCGGUCGC